AUGAUCAGAUGGGUUGCUGGUGCAGCAGUUCAAUGGUUAAAAGAAAGUCUUGGUAUAGUUCAGAGUGCUAGUGAGAUUGAAGAACUGGCAGGGAAAAUUGAGAACACUGGUAGAGUUUAUUUUGUUCCUGCGUCUAAUGGUCUAUUUGCACCGUGGUGGCGUGAUGAUGCCCGUGGGAUUUGUAUCGGGAUCACAAGAUUUACCAACAAAUCUCCCAUCACAAGUGUUCUUGAGAGCAUGUGUUUUCAGGUUAAAGAUGUCUUAGACUCGAUGCACAAGGAUGCUGGGGGAAAAGGCGAAGUGAAAAAUGAGAAUGGAGAUUUUGUGCUCAGAGUUGAUGGUGGAGCAACUAUUAACAAUCUAUUGAUGCAAAUUCAGGCGGAUCUGUUGGGAUGUCCAGUCGUUAGACCAGCUAGCAUUGAAACCACAGCUCUUGGUGCAGCCUAUGCUUCUUGGUUAGCUGUGGGAGUUUGGACAGAACAAGAUGUCUUUUCUGAUGAAGCGAAACAAGAGAAACCUACCACUGUCCAGCCUAACUUGGAUGGAGCUAAGGAAGAAAAGAGUAAUGUCUUGGUAUAA